AUGAAGUUUAGAACGAGCAGCUUGCUUAUUCUUCUCUCUGCCCUUGGGGUUCGAGGACAGAAUGAUACCCUCGGACUGAAGGAUGGGUAUCUUUCCUUUUCGACAGCCAACUUCGACAUCAAAUUGGUCAAGGAUUCCCAGAUUCUUGCCUCCCUCAAACCAGUUGGUAGCUCGUUUGACUUUUUGCCUUUCGAUGAUAUCGAGUUGAGAGCCGCCAACGGCCAGUACCACAAUGGCGAUAUCACUUAUCGCUACCGACUACCAGGAACGACGCAGUGGCUUUCCGGGGAUUCCUCGCAGUCCAGAGAAGCAGUAACUGCUGUCAAAUCCUCUUCUCUCGCUGCCGCUGAUAUGGCUCCAACCCUACCUGGAGACUCCCCUAUUCAAAUUACCCGAGAAUGGAUCAAUGUAGACGGGGAUCUCGGAUUGACCUUCACCUUAACCAACAAGGGGAAAGGGACAUUGGAACUCGGUAGUCUCGGCUUCCCCACUGAGUUCAACAGUAUCUUCUCCAAUCGAACUGCCGAGCAAAUGGCAGCGAUAUGCUCACUGACGGAUCCCUACAUUGGGAUGGAUGCUGGAUAUCUUCAGGUUACCCCGACAUCGGGGACUGGGGCCGCAUUGAUUGUUACGCCAUUGAUGAAUACAAGUACCCCACUGGAGUCGUGGCGCAAUCUAAACGAGGCUAGUACUGCGCCGCUCUACUAUGGAAGUCAGACGUUCGAGGGGUUCUAUGAAUGGCAGGUUCACUCUAAAGCGUACGCGGAAAACGAAUGGGCUGGCGCAACGCCGUGGAACACGCCCAGUUCACAAAUCCUCAGACCUGGACAAUCGGCUACAUACGGUCUGCGCUUUUCGGUUGUGGAAGAUGGUGUUCGAGGUAUUCAGAAAGCGGUUCAGGGAACGAACACGCCUAUGACUAUUGGAAUCCCGGGGUAUGUGGUUCCUGUAGAUCUAACGGCUCGGCUUCGAGUGUUUCACCCUCACGAUUUCAAGGUUGUCUCAGACGACAACGCCUUCGAGAUCACUCGAUCAUCGGAUGGGAUGCUCACACUCACGCCCACAAAGUCAGUCUGGGGUCGAACAAAGAUUACUAUCACAUAUGUGGAUGGGAAAGUCCAGACAGUGCAUUAUUUCAUCACCGACUCUGCGCCGGCAACAAUCAGCAAACUAGGUCAGUUUUCAACCACAUCGAUGUGGUUCACUGAUACAAAAGACCCCUUUUCCCGAGCCCCCUCUGUCAUAACAUGGGACCACUCCGUCCAGGCCCAAGUCCUCCAGGAGCCUCGAGUUUGGAUUUCCGGAUUGAGCGACGAAGGCGGCGUGAUCUAUCUAUCCACGGCAAUGAAACAGUUCGCACUGCCCGUGGCAUCAGAGAUAGCAAAGCUUGAGCAAUUCGCAUCGGACGUCCUAUCAACAACUAUCCAGAGACCCAAUUUCCACGUGCGCAAGAGCAUCUUCUUCUACGAGCCAUCAGUAGUCCCGGGGUAUCAUUACAACCAGUCCAUCGAUUGGGGCAAUUGGUGGUCAUGGACCAAAAACGAAUCAUACAACACCCAACGUGCAUACGAUUACGUUCAUGUCAUCGGCACGUACUGGUCUCUCUACCGAGCGGGCCGAGACAAUGGAGCCCUUCUCAAAGAACACCCGUGGCAGUGGUAUCUCGGCCAAGCCUACAAUACAACCGUCGCUUGCUUUGCCACCGACUCGGCAGGCAACGGGCUGGUGGGUUACUCCCGGGUGGGCCUGAUGGGAGAGACUGUUGUCGGCGAGCUUCUUUCUGACCUCCGGCGUGAGAACUGGAUCACCGAGGCAGAUGCUGUUGAGGCAGCUAUGAAGCUCAGGGCAGACGCUUGGAACUCGCAGGCUGUGCCUUAUGGUAGUGAGAUGGCUUGGGAUUCAACUGGCCAGGAGGGAGUCUACUACUGGAGCAACUAUUUCAAUUUGACCCAAUCAGCAACGAAGACGAUCAACAGUAUCCUGGGAUACAUGCCUACAGUCUCACACUGGGGUUGGAAUGGAAAUGCUCGCCGGUACUGGGACUUUAUUUACGCCGGAAAACUGGAACGCAUUGAGCGCAUGAUCCACCACUACGGAUCCGGCCUCAACUCCCUCCCUCUUCUAACCCAGUUCCGUCAAACGCCGACAGACAUCUAUCUGCUCCGGACAGGCUACGGCGGAAACACAGGCCCUCUAACGAACAUCCGACCGGACGGAUCCAUGUAUAAUGCCUUCCAUUCGUUCCCGGAGACACUCCGAGGGGACUACUACUCCGGAGACUACGGUCCCAAUUUUUUGGGAAUGAUGCUGGGAGCUUGUACAUAUGUAGUUGAUGAUCCUGACUUCGGGCUUGUGGCUUAUGGAGCUAAUACCGCUGUACAUGGGGACUCGGUCACUGUUCAUCCACGAGAUGCGGUGCGUCGGCGGGUAUAUGUUGCCUCGAUGGGAGUAUAUGUUGAGGUGAGUACGGGCUGGAUUGAAAAUAUCUCCUUGAAAAAGUCUGGCUCGGGGUCUGUUCGUCUGCGUCUUGUGUCUGGUCCGUCAAAGGCGUCUUCUGCUAUUGUUUGGGUGGAAACUCCUGGGACGGAGGAUCGGUAUGCAGUGACUGGGCACGGAGCUCGUAAGGAGAGAGGUGGUUGGAGCGUGGAACUGUCUUCUGGGGAGGUGGAUGUUGUUGUAUCAAAGGUAUAG